AUGUUCUACCUGUCAAGAAUUUUUUCUGGUAUAGCAGAUGGUUGCCUUUUUGCCACCCUGCCAACUUACAUUGGAGAAGUAGCUAACCCAACAGUGAGAGGAAUAUGGGGAAACGCUGUGGCUAUAUCUCUAUUUUUGGGCGAGUUCUUGAUCAACGUAUUGGGAAGUUACUUGGGCGUUACGACAACUUCUUGGGUAUGUUUACCAAUAUCUGUUUUAUUCUUCGUCCUGUUUUGGUUCAUGCCAGAGUCGCCUUAUUAUUACAUCAUGAAAGGCAACGAACAAGAAGCAAAGAAUUCUUUAAAGUUUCUAAAGAGGAUGAAGAAUGUUGAUGAGAUUUUUGAAAAUUGUAAAUAUGCUGUUGAGAGACAGUUGUCAGAAUCGGGCACCUGGAGUGACCUUUUCAAGAUAGAAAGUAACAGAAAGGCUUUGUUUGCUGGUGUAUUUUUACGACUUAGUCAGCAAAUGGCUGGUGUGUCAGUAUUUUUGACGUACACUCAGUUUAUUUUCCAAAAAUCCGGUAACAACAUGAGUCACGAAGAAGCUUCGAUAGUUUUUAUGGGACUAGCAGUAAUAUUGAACUUAUUUGCUGUAAUUUUUGUAGUAAAAAGAUUCGGAAGGAUCUUCUGUUACACGAUAUCCAUGGUAACUACUAGUGGAGUCCUUUAUGCAAUGUCUGCCUAUUUCUAUAUAGAUGGAAACACAAAUAUUGACCUAUUUUACGUAAAAUGGAUCCCUCUAGCCUGCAUGAUGUCUUACCUCUUAUUUGCAUCCAUCGGCAUCUCAGUUAUUCCCACACUAAUGCUUGGGGAGUUGUAUUCUGCUAGCAUCAAGUCUAAAGCUAUGACUAUAUUGAUAAUUAUUUAUGGUAUGGGAAACUUUUUAACUACCACCGUAUUCUAUCAGCUCAAUACACUUCUUGGAUUUUAUGCUCCAUUUCUUUUGUUUGCUAUAUCUAAUACCAUUUGUGCUGUUUUGUCACGGUAUGUUAUUCCCGAGACAAAGGGUAAAACUUUAGAAGAAAUUCAACAAAUUCUUAAAGGAGAUGUGAAAAAUUAA